UACAGCGCUGACGUGGUGUCGGCCACGCCUACCGCCGUGCGCCGCCUCUUGGCCUGGAAAGAGACCAGAGGACGUCAGGAAAUCAGCACAGACUCAACAGAUAAUACUGCUGCUGUCUGGUACUAACUCAUCACCAGAAACACCUCCAGAGAAGAAACUGAAGAGUUGUUACGACUUCUGUUCCCGGUGGCUGUGACAGACGGGGGCCGGCGGGGUGAUCCGGUGAACCCCGGGGCUGAAACAUGGGCCUCUUGUCGAGGAUACGGAAGGAGUGGUUCAUCAUCGGGAUAGUGCUGGUCAUCUUAUCGGCCAAACUGCAACCCAGCGUCGGUGUCAGAGGAGGUCCAUUAAAGCCAGAGAUCACCAUCGCGUACGUUGCCGUCUCGCUCAUCUUCUUCAACAGCGGCCUGUCACUGAAAACAGAGGAGUUGACCAGCGCGCUGCUUCAUGUUCGACUUCACCUGUUUGUUCAGUCCUUCACAUUGAUCUUCUUCCCACUGGCCGUCUGGCUGCUGCUCAAAGUGCUCGCACUGACUGCCAUCGACCAAUGGUUGCUCAAAGGGUUACAGACGGUGAGCUGCAUGCCCCCUCCGGUCUCCUCGGCUGUAAUUCUCACCAAGGCUGUCGGAGGCAACGAGGCUGCUGCCAUCUUCAACUCAGCGUUUGGAAGCUUCCUGGGAAUCAUUGUGACUCCAGCGCUGCUGCUGCUGUUUCUGGGCUCUUCAUCCUCCGUUCCCUUCUCCUCCAUCUUCUCUCAGCUCUUCAUGACUGUGGUGGUUCCUCUGAUCCUGGGUCAGGUGUGUCGUGGUUUCGUCAGGGAGUAUCUGGAGAGGCGAAAGCCUCCGUUUGGCGCCGUCAGCAGCGCCGUCCUCCUCAUGAUCAUCUACACCACUUUCUGUGACACCUUCAGUAACCCCAACAUUGAGCUGGACCCCACCAGUCUGCUGCUGGUCGUCCUCAUCAUUUUCUCCAUCCAGCUCAGCUUCAUGCUGCUCACGUUUGCCUUUUCCACCAGGUCGGGUUCAGGAUUCAGCCCUGCAGACACAGUCGCCAUUGUAUUCUGCUCCACUCACAAGUCUCUCACUUUGGGUAUCCCCAUGCUUAAGAUUGUGUUUGAGGGCUACGAGCAUCUCUCUCUGAUCUCAGUUCCUCUGUUGAUCUACCAUCCGGCUCAGAUCCUGCUCGGCUCCGUCCUUGUACCAACCAUACGCAGCUGGAUGACCACCCGGCAGAAGGUGAACUACACACAGACACUAGUUCACAGGCACUAGUUCACACA